CUGGCGCCCAGAUUUGCGUUCGACAUGGCCUACUUUAUCCGUCUUGCCACCGUCGAGGACGUGGAUGAGAUCUUGCAGCUUGUACGCGCGCUGGCAGAGUACGAGAAAGAGCCAGAGUCCGUAAAAGCGACUCCUGAACUCUAUCGGCGGAACCUCUUUGAGCACAACUACGCGCACACUCUCCUUGCGUUCGAGGGCACGCCUGAAGCCCCAGGCAAGGCCAUCGGGAUGGCCAUGUAUUUCUUCAACUACUCUACGUGGACCGGAAAGCCGGGAAUAUACCUCGAGGACCUCUUCGUUGACCCAGCCGCUCGAGGAAAGGGCGUCGGUAAGGCGCUUUUCGCCGAGCUCGGUAAGGUUGCAGAAGAGAAGGAUUGCGCACGUAUAGAUUGGCAGGUGCUCAAGUGGAACCAGCCAUCGAUCGACUUCUACGAAAAGACGCUCGGGGCGAAGGCUAUGUCGGAAUGGCAAGGCAUGCGCCUCGAGGGGUCCCAGAUUGAGAACUUGCGGAAGUUUCGCCGGGCAUAGCCAGGUGACUAGCAUAGGAAUGCGGUGCGUAAAAACGUAGCAACACGUAGCUGUAUAGACGUAUUGCUAUUGCUCCCUUCGGUCCGUGAGCUAUCCUGCCAGUAAUGCGUCUUAGAUAUCCCACCCAAUGGCAAGAGCUACGGUCUGAUGACGAUGCACGCGCCAACAAUUCGAUCCCAACAGCGCAUGUUCUCGCGGGAAAGCAGUAUGAUGCAUUGUGUAGCUAUAGCCCGGACGUCCAGGCAUCAUUCGUCGACGUUGUGUUGUCCGUGUCAUCUCCACAUGAG